AUGUUAUUCUUGUUCAGAUCAACAACAGAGUUUACUGGAUGGCCCUCACCACCAACAACUGAAGCUCCUUCAACAACAGCAACACCAACAACAUCCACCUCAACCGAAACAACAACCACGACCACAACCACAACCACAACUACAACAACCCGUCCAAGAAAUACUACUCCGGGAGUUUGCGGGGAUUCUUGCAAGUUGGCUGCACAGCUCAGAGUAACAGGAGGAAGGAACUGGACGGAUACUCUACUGGAUCCAUAUACUAGAGAUUGGCAGGAUUUGGCAUUCCAAAUAAAAAAAGAGUUGGUAAACCUGUACAGGAACUCAGAUCUAUCAGGGAACUUUAUAGAUAUUCAGAUAGAAACCUUCAGUAGAGGAUCCAUUAUAGUGGAUUAUUAUGUUCUCUUUGAUAAACUAGAAUCUCCGAUCACGACGCAGGAUUUGAAGGACAUUGUAGCAGUUGAAGCAGAUAGAACAGGAAAUAUGCUCGGAAACCUAGAAAUAGAUGCAAAAUUUAGUGAUUUUAUAGUUGUUGGAGGGCUAAAUGCUGAACCAUCAACUGAAGAAGAAGAAGAAGAUGAAUUAUUACCACAGUGGGGAAUAGCCGUAGUUGUUAUAGGACUGGCAUCUCUAGCCUUCGUUAUCAUCUUUGGAAUAUCAAUGUUAUCCAAGCGUCGGAAGAUCUCUAGGAGCAAGGCAAAGCAGGCGAUGUUGACGGAGGAGAUGGUUUACGAGAUGAACAGGUCCAG